UGUAUUUACAUAAAUACAUUAUAUUGAACACAUUAUAAGACAUUAUCUUAAUAACACAUAAAAGUGAAUAACGAAUAUGAUUAUAGUAAAGAAAAUCAUCAGAGAUAUUUUAAACAAUAAACCAUACAGAAACUUGACACAUUUGCGGAACUUUUGUGCUGUUAAAGAUCAAUCCCUUGAGAGUAAUCCACAGCCAGAACAAGACAAUGACGAAUCGAAACGAAAUACACUUUUGAAGGAAUUCGAAAAUGAACUACCACGGCGUCCAGGCGUUGAUCCGAAAGAUACAUCCAUUAUAUUAUUUCCUGGUCAAGGUACACAAUAUGUUGGCAUGGGUAAAGAAUUACUACGCUUUCCACGUGCACUCUCUCUUUUCAAAUUUGCAAAUGAGAUAUUGAAAUAUGAUUUGUUAAAAAUAUGUCUGGAAGGGCCAGUUGAAAAAUUAAAUCGUACAGAAUAUGCACAGUUAGCCGUUAUGGUUUCAUCAUUAGCAGCACUUGAACAACUUCGUGAAGAAAGGCCGCGUGCUAUAGAAAACUGUGUAGCUACCGCGGGCUUCAGUCUUGGGGAAAUCACAGCCCUAGUGUUUGCUGGUGCUUUACAGUUUGACAAAGCGUUAAAACUUGUACAAGUACGUGCUAAUGCAAUGCAAGCAGCAUGUGAUAAAGCAUCCGGAGCAAUGGCAAUGGUACUCUACGCCCCAGAUGCACAGCUGGGAAAGGCAUGCCUUCAAGCCAAACAAUGGUGCAUUGACCGUGGUGUAGAAUCACCUUAUUGUGGCAUCGCAAAUUACAUGUAUCCUCAGUGUAAAAUUAUAGCAGGAAAUACAGAAGCAGUGGAAUUUCUUGAAAAAAAUGCCAAAGCACUUAAAAUUAAGCGCAUGAGA